AUGACUUCACUCAUUUACUGCACAGACCCUAAAGUAAUUAAAUCGUUAUUCACCAAAUACGACUCUAAACAAGUUGGAAGUAUCAGCAUGACAGACUUGGACCGACUCACUUCGGAUUUAGGUUUUAAUUUCUGUCAAGACGAAAUUUUUGCAUUAUCCAUGUAUCUCGACAAGAAUUCCGAUGGUGUCGUGACUCUGGACGAAUUUCAACAAUAUUGGAUUAAAAUUGCAUCCGCUCAUGAAUUAUCCGUGCUUGAGAAGAGAAUGGAAUUAUUAACACAAGCAGCUGUCAUGUUUAAAAAGUAUGACACGAACGGCAAUCGAGUGUUAUCUUCGGAUGAAUUUGAAAAAUUCUAUAAGGAAUUGUAUCAAAAUCGAAAUGAUGCUUCCAUGAAGGAAGUUCAACAAGCCAUGCAAAGUUUGGAUUUGGAUCGGAAUGGAGUCAUAAGUUUUCAGGAAUUUAUCAUUUGGUUGAAUUGGUUAAAUUUGAAUUGA